GUGAGCUUUCGACUUAGUUGGACGUGGAGUAUACUUUCUGUCAAACGAUUUCGUGUGGAACGGUCAUUCGAUACGACCUGUCAGGUUCGCAGCUUUAACUUGGAACGAGCUCUCUCUGUUUGGGAAUUUGCAUUGGUAGUAGCUGAACUAUCGAUGUCUGAUGUUUGAAUGACGCUAAAAUCGCUCAACAUGAAGGGACCGUCGAGUUUACUACCGUUGCUGUUCGUGCUCGUGUUCGUUGGUGAUCAGCUGCACGGUUCCGCCGGAAGUCCAACGCAGAUGCAGAUGGUUGCCCGACCGCGCUAUCCCAGGAAAGACAGCUACGUGGCGUACAAUAUUCACAAGAAUUUCAAAGCUCGAGACGUCAACGCACUGGACUCGUUACAAGCGCGGAAGGCCAUGAUCGAUGUUAAGCAGACGAUUGCCGAAGUUGAGCGGCUGCUAGCUCUGGACCCUACUCUCCCGCGGUUAACAAAGGGAGAAAUCGAGGAACUGUUUGAAAAUGUCACGAGAGAAGAGUUGGCGAAAUCACUUCGCGAAGGCGAUCAAAACCGUGCACAGCACAUGCGAGCGCUGAUGCUGGUACUACCGUACCAUACCAACAAUAUGAACCCGGAUAAUCUGCAGGAUAUUUACACGCUACCACCGGUUACCAAGGUGAUUGGUGUUGAAGGUAUCCCAAAGCAUACUAGCACAGAAGUACUGGGAGGAUCGAUUGGAAUCACUCCAGCUAAGCAGAUCGCAACCACACAGACGACGACAACGACUACGUCGACGCCAACCCAAUUUCCAAUAUUCCGACAUCGGAGUACAACGCAGACAGCGAGCAGAAAACCCGUCUCGACAACACAGGUCCCAAUUACGACGAUCCGUUUCAGUACUCCAAAGCCAACUACGUUCCAUCCGGCGUUGCAGAAUAUAAUUCGUGAAGAUUCAAAGCCUGCGGCCACGACGGCAGAACCAAGUAAAGCUGCUGAAAUAAAUGAGAUUCUAGCAGCGAUAGGAUUCGGCAAUGGACCACUGCCAUCUUUCAAGCCUCUUCCCGUGGGAAUGACCACACCAGUUGAAAUGGCCAGAACGACACCGAAGGUGCCAUUCAAUCCGCCGAGCAGUGCUGAAUCCAGCGAAGAACUAAAAACACUACUCCGCUCAUUUGGACUGUUGAAUGACAGUGAAGAGACGGUUGGCAUCACAUCGAUCCCGCCAGUUGAGUUCCAUCAAAUCCCGGAAUAUUUGUCCGAUGCACAACCAUCUCAUCUGAUCCACAAUGAAGGUCCGAAGGUGGAAGAGUUGGAACCGGAACCUCCGGCUAUGGCAAAACCUGACAUCAGACCGGAUGACUUCGUGGCUUUCAAACCACUGCCCGAUGAUGCACCCCUGUUGAACGGUGAUCUGAAUCAGCUGUUGAAAUCUUUCGGACUGUUGGAUAACGGUGAUCGGAAGAAGAAAUCAAUGAAGUCGGAAACGACGGCAGCACCGGACGUGGCGCCAAUGAAUGACGUGCCGAUGAUCGACAAAGAUUUGGUUCCGCAGAUGGCUACGUUGCUGGAUACGCUAGGGAUUCAAACAAUGAAAAAGGAACGCAGUGGACGGAAGUUCGAAACAAAGAAGAAUUCCAAUGGGAUAGAACCGAAGACGAAUGGAGUUUCAACCAAAACGAAGAAGACAAUCGAUAACGAGGACUACCGUAAAUUAGAACAGUUAUGGGAAACGAUUCGAGAAUUGGAGAAACUCAACAUUAAUCUCACAGAUGAUUCUCUGGAUGCUCUCAAUCUCCGGAACUACAACCUGAGUGAGUCAUUGCUUGCGCAAGGACCAAACCCGUUGGAAAACGUGGAACUAAUGCGCACGAACGAAAUCAAGAAGCGUCAGCAGCCGAACCAGCAAAAGAAACCAGAAGAACCUAUCAGAAUCUCCUUGGAUUUAGGAGAGAGCAAUUCUUCCUCCACCACGCCUGCCAGCAGCGUAAACUCCCGCCAAGUAGAAAUCAUUUCCACUACCACGAACAGUACCACAAUUCUGGACGUAGAGUCCGACGCUGAUCCACCAAGUUCAACCCGAUCAUCAUCAUCCGCAUCAACAUCAUCACCAGCAUCGACAUCGAAACCGGAAUCAUCUAACAGCGGAUCGGAAUCGGCCCGAAUACACGAAGCCUACGAUGACUCCUUCGGUGGAUACGAUGUGGACCCGGUGGCUCAGCAACCACUGCCUCAGCCCAGUCGCAAUGGAUUCUACUUCCUGGCGGAUUGGAACUCGUUUCUGGAGGUCGGUGAAGAUCCCAACAAGGUGGUUAUUAAUUUCCGACCGCGAGCUGGUGAUCCCGCUCGGUUCCUCCCGGUUAAUGUGCCGUAAGUGAGCGGUUAGAAGCCGACCGCCUACCGGACUGCACAGCCAUCAAGGAUUUUUUGUCUAUAUUGUGCCAGCGCUGGAGUGGAGCAAAAGGCAAACCGCAGCGGUUGGGUUUGAAAUGAUUUGGCAUUUUGUGUUUUUUCGUCUGACACGUACACAUCGGGUAACUUAUAAACUAUGUGUUGAGAACGAACGACGGGGGAAGUGACUAUUCUUUACGUAUGAUUAAAUAAAAUUAAAAUCAGGGGUUUGGUAACCAUAACUAAUAGUCGUAGGUACUUGAUUAAGAUUAGGUUUUUUUGCAGUAGGAUAGGUGCAAUAAGAUUUUCGGGAUAUACAAGUUAUUGAUCGGCUAAAGGUUCGAUAGAGUUUAGACAAAAUUUUAAUUCAAGCAAUAAGUAGGAAUUUUGUAUAUGUUACUAACUGAAGAACCAGUGAGAGAUACCGUUUCUGUAAAUAAAUAGAUUGUAGAGCUCGUAUUUAUUUGUACAUUUGUUAGACCAACCGGGUGACAUAGAGUGUGACA